AUGACCACUCCCCCUCCUCCUCCCGCUUCAGUCCAAACCCACCGAGACCUCGUCCCGAUCAAUACCUUCACCUCCUCGACGGGCCAGCACGGCUCCCUCAUGGUCACCGACAUCUACAUCCUCCCGGACAAGCUCGACGAGUACGUCCGGCUCGUGGCGCCCGUGGUGCGCACCAUGCGCGACAUGCCCGAGUGCCUGUUCUGCGAAAUCUCCCAGGACCCCACGGACGCGGCGCACAUUCGGAUCCAGCACAGUUGGACCGAGGGGACGGAUUGGUUCGUCGGAGCUAACUGCUGUGCCCGGGAACUCUCUUCCCUCGACAUUCGAAAACAGGCUUGCGAAUCACAGCAAUGGUUUGCCGACUAUGUCAAGGGACUCGCCGGUAUCGCGGACAUGAGCAGAGGCCGCAACGUUGCGCACUUCAAUCGCAUUCCCAUCGAUUGA